UGCACUUUUGUUCUCGUCCUUUGUCCUCUAUCACACGAUAUCAAAACAAACCGAUGGAGAGCGAAACGAGUAACAAAAGAACACAAUUCGACGAACGCGGGAAAUGGGGGAUAUUUCAAAAAUGGAAAAUUGAGAGAUCAAUCAAUCAAUCAAAUAAUUUACUCCAUAAAGAUGUGGAAAUGAGGAGUGAAGAGACGAGAGUGGAAUGGAAUUAAUUUUUAUUCGAGAAUUUGGAUUUAUCUCAAAAGCUGUAGAAAGAACUAAAAGAAUUCCUCAGAGAGUCAUAACCGUCAUAACCAGUGGAAUUCUUAACCUAGAGGUAAUGUUUACAGCCCCAGAGAUUGUGAAAGUAGAAAUUAAAUUGCAAUAAACAAAUACACAUGUCGACAAUGCGAAACAGUAGAUUUUUCCUCCUGAACGUAAAUAGACUGCAUAAAUCAUCUGUCAUUCUCAGAAGAUGUAAAAGCGACAAGGCCUCGAAGGGAGAUAUUAAUUAUCCAGUGAGGAUUUUGUCUGGAAUCCAACCAACAGGAACGAUUCACUUGGGGAAUUAUUUAGGAGCUGUAAAGGAAUGGAUUCGAUAUCAAGACCUCCACGAGGACGUCCUCUGGAGCAUCGUGGAUAUGCACGCAAUUACGGCCCCGCAGGAUCCGAGAGAAUUACGCGAUAGCGUGAUAAAAAUCACUGCGACUCUUUUAGCUUGUGGGAUUGAUCCAUCCAGGAGUAUUCUUUUUCAACAAUCCACGGUCCCCAUGCACGCUGAGUUGGCCUGGGUCUUGGGAUGCAUGACGACCAUGUCCAGACUAGCUCAGCAGCCUCAGUUUAAAGAGAAAAGUGAAAAACUCAAGGAUAUUCCCCUGGGAUUAUUCACGUACCCAGUGCUCCAAGCUGCUGAUAUUCUCCUUUACAAAGCCACUCAUGUACCUGUGGGAGAAGAUCAGAUUCAGCACCUGCAAUUGGCUCAACAUACAGCUCAAUUCUUCAACGUCAAGUAUGGAAAUACGUUUCCAAUGCCUGAACCACUCAUUAAUCAGUCAAGUGGUCGAAUAAAGUCCCUGCGUGAGCCGACGAAGAAGAUGUCCAAGUCAUCAGAGUACAAGAGAAGCAGGAUAAACCUGGUGGAUCCUCCGGAGAUAAUUUUGGAGUACUUGAAAAAAUCAGUGACGGAUUUCACUUCAGAAGUGACUUACGAUCCAGAGGUGCGUCCAGGGGUGUCGAACCUCGUGACAAUCCACUCGAUAUUGACCGACAGAACUCCCCAGGAGAUCUGCAAUGAGGCGAGGGGCCUGAAUACAGGGCAGUACAAGCUGCAGCUUGCGGAGGUUGUCAUUGAGAAAUUGAGGCCCAUCAGGGAGAGGUAUCAGGAGCUAUUGAACGAUCCUGGGCACCUCCAGGAGGUCCUCAGAAGUGGAACUGAGAGGGCAGCGGAGAAAGCCAUGAGUACCUGGUGUGAAGUCAGGAAAAAAAUCGGAUUUUCUGGAGGGAUUUCAUCGGCGGGGAGGCAGAUGGAGGGGAGGACACACGUGAAAUCUGUUUGAUUUUUUUUUAUAAUUUAUUAAAAAAAUAAUUUAAUUUUAAUUGAGCUGAAAAACGAAAUUUGAUAAC